AUGCACACGGACGCCAACGCCAACGCCAACAACAAGUUUGACCACUCCACCACAUCACUCCCACUCGCUACUGAUACAUGGAUAAAUGUCAUAAACCGUGGACUUGGGAUCCUGUCAAUGCACGAGCUGCGCAUUUGUCACAAUCCAGGACCAACAAGCAAGCAAGCGUGA